CCCAGAGCUGUGACUUAUCUGAAUUCGCGUUUGAACUUUGUUGAACUCUCGGUGAAUCAGCACGGUACUUCACAUAACACGGUGCAAAAAGUAGGUAAAGUACCUCCGUUCUAAUCCCGAAAACUGGCUAUAUAAAAUGGAACAGCUGACAAAACGGAUGCAAAUUAAGUUCAGCUUUAAUUUCGAGCGGCAAACAGUAAAGAGGACAGUAGAUGAGUGUUAACAACAUGAUGUUGACUCUUGAACUAUUAUCACUAUGCUUGUGUGUCGUUGUCGGUGCUCAGACAUGGCAAGAGAGAAAACCUUGGUCGUUUAACCCACAAAUAGUCCACGGAGAUGAUGGAUCAGUUCGGUCUGACAUAGAAGUUAGACAUUCUGGGGAGCAACACGAAUUCAACGCUGGAUUUUCGCAAGACUUAACUAAUCCAAAAGCAGAUCCCACUUGGCACGUUGGAACAAAAAUAAGGUUCAGGAGAUCGCCAGAUGACGACCAACCUUGGAAGGUAAAUCCUUCCAUACCAAAGGGGGACGAUGGAAGCAGUGCAGAAAGUAUAGAAGCUAAGCGAACUGGAAAAAACAUUGAUGUAGAGGUGGAAGACUUGGGAGGUUCAUCUAAGGACCAUGGAACUUGGCAUUUAGAUGUUCCUCCAAUGUUGUUCGAACUUGCUGAGGAAGAAACAGGUGCUAGAAAUAAACGUUCUCUUCAACCUUCGCAGGGUAAUCCGUGGGAAGUUAACCCUUCAGUAUCCAAAGGCAAUGACGGAAACACUGUGGGACGAGUAGAAGUCAAGAGAACAGGAGAAAAUACUGAUGUGAAUGCAGGUUAUGGUAAAGUCUUCAGGGGUCCAAACAGGGGUCGAGAGACUUGGCACGUAGGAGCUACUCACAGGUGGAGACGUUCUCUCCAGUCUACCCAGAAUAAGAACCCGUGGGAGGUGAAUCCUUCGGUGUCCAAAGGCAAUGAUGGAAACACCGAGGGACGAGUAGAAGUCAAGAGAACAGGAGAAAAUACUGAUGUGAAUGCAGGUUAUGGUAAAGUCUUCAGGGGUCCAAACAGGGGUCGAGAGACUUGGCACGUAGGAGCUACUCACAGGUGGAGACGUUCUGUCCAGCCUACCCAGAAUAAGAACCCGUGGGAGGUGAAUCCUUCGGUGUCCAAAGGCAAUGAUGGAAACACCGAGGGACGAGUAGAAGUCAAGAGAACAGGAGAAAAUACUGAUGUGAAUGCAGGUUAUGGUAAAGUCUUCAGGGGUCCAAACAGGGGUCGAGAGACUUGGCAUGUAGGAGCUACGCACAGGUGGAGACGUUCUAUCCAGCCUACCCAGAAUAAGAACCCGUGGGAAGUCAACCCUUCAGUAUCCAAAGGCAAUGACGGAAACACUGUGGGACGAGUAGAAGUCAAGAGAACAGGAGAAAAUACUGAUGUGAAUGCAGGUUAUGGUAAAGUCUUCAGGGGUCCAAACAGGGGUCGAGAGACUUGGCACGUAGGAGCUACGCACAGGUGGAGACGUUCUCUCCAACCUACCCAGAAUAAGAACCCGUGGGAGGUGAAUCCUUCGGUGUCCAAAGGCAAUGAUGGAAACACCGAGGGAAGGGUAGAAGUCAAGAGAACAGGAGAAAAUACUGAUGUGAAUGCAGGUUAUGGUAAAGUCUUCAGAGGUCCAAACAGGGGUCGAGAGACUUGGCAUGUAGGAGCUACGCACAGGUGGAGACGUUCUGUCCAGCCUACCCAGAAUAAGAACCCGUGGGAGGUGAACCCUUCGGUGUCCAAAGGCAAUGAUGGAAACACCGAGGGAAGGGUAGAAGUCAAGAGAACAGGAAAAAAUACAGAUGUAGAUGCAGGUUAUGGCAGAGUCCUUAGGGGUCCAAACAGAGGCCGAGAGACUUGGCACGUAGGUGCUACUCACAGGUGGAGGAGAGAUGCCCCUCCAGUAGUUCCUGAAUAUUUUGAUCCUAAUUAAUUUGUAAUUACUAGAAGACUGUAUUCAGUAAGCUAACCCGGUUAUCUUUUCUUUCAAGUUCCACCAUUCUACUCAGUAUUAAAAAAAAAAUUAGAUAGACCUUGAAACCUAGACACGAAGAUAACAUAUUGGGCUUAUACUUCAUGAAUUAAUUGAGUAUUUUAAUGAGUUGGUUCACUCCGAAAUUAAAAGUGCUUCAACACUUUCUUAUUGUCCCAAACGGUGACUACCUUCAAGCACCACAAGUUCUGUAUUUCUCUGAUUAAGCUCAUUUAUAAUCUCAAACAAAUAUGCAUAUUCAGUGCGGAGCACGCAAAUGGAAUUAAUUCCUUAUUUUGCUGAUUGUGCAUAUUCAGAGAAAAUUUAUCUCAUCGUGAAGGACGCAACCCCUGAAUAUCUAAGUGGAUAGUAGGUGUUCCGUUCAUUUGUGUUAUUUUUCUCAAAAUUAUUGCAAAGAGAAUAUCCCCUGAAGCGUGGAUAUUUAAAACAUCUUCUAUAGUCAAAAUCACGAAAGAUGACUAUUACGUCACAUCAUAAAUUGUACCGAAGUAAUCAAUGGACGUACUUCGAUGAUAAAAUCAUGAUGUCAGGAACAUAAUGACAACAAAUUUAUAUUAUGAUUUAGCUUAUUUCACUGAUUAUUUUUAUUUUCGUUUUAUUUCAUGGUUUUGAGUGAUAAUUUAAUAAUAAUUUUAGUGCGGAGUUUUUGUUUUGAAAAAACAGUUAUGAGUAGAAUACCUUAAGGCAGGAACACCAAAGACCAAAGUAUUAUUCGAAAAGAACCUAACCUGCUUUAACAUAACCUAACUAUUCAUCUUGCAAAUAUGAUCGAUCAUGCAACGUGAAAACAUCGUCUAUCUAUGUCGGAUACGUGCAAAUUAGCAAUACAAAUUGUUUAGACAAUAAAAUUCUGUCUAACAUAUCUAAAAUUUCAUUAAAAAUAUUCCUACAAAUUGCUGUCCUUAGUCUUUGCUACGGAUCAAAAUGACGACGUAACCGUCAUCUUUCGUGAUUUCGACUAUACAUUGUGUAUCAAGUCAUGCAAUAAUCCUUACAUCAUCUACAUCUUGCUAUUUCUGCAAAUUUUGAUUUUUGCAGUAGAUUUAUGAGUAGAAUUCCUUAAGGCAGGGACACCAAAUCCCAAAGUAUUAUUAGAAAACAACCUAACUUGCGUUAACAUAACCUAACUAUUCGUCUCUGAAAUAUGAUCGAUCAUGCAACAUGAAAACAUCAUCUAUCUAUGUCGGAUACAUGCAAAUUAGCAAUACAGUUUGUUUAGACAAUAAAAUUAUAUUUGUCUCUGUCUAACAUAUCUAAAACUUCAUUAAAGAUAUUCCUACAAAUCGCUGUCGUUAGUCUUUGCUACAGAGUAAAAUGAUGACGUAAUCGUCAUCUUUCGUGAUUUCGACUAUACAUUGUGUAUCAAGUCAUGCAAUAAUCCUUACAUCAUCUACAUCUUGCUAUUUCUGCAAAUUUUGAUUUAAGCAGUAGAUUUGACCUUUCAAAAGUCAUAUCACGGAACUCUAUUUCGUAUUUAAGGGUACGAAAUAUGGGGAUGGAAUUUUUACAUUAUGAAAUGUGAUUUUUGAAUGUCAAACCUAGCUGCUACGGGGUUUUUGUGAAAUAUGCGCAUUAAACAAAAUUUCGCAUUUAAUACAUUGGACUGUUGCAUACCCCGUGAAAUCAAUACACCUGCUGGUAAUAGUGCCUAUUUUACUAGUAUUACUAUCAACAAUGUAUAACGUUUAGUUUUCAAUAAAACGUAUGUUUCUGUGAUAAGAUAGAUUUAAAGUUAAAAAUGUAUCUGUACGUACUGUACUGUAUUGUAAUUUAGCAGAAAUAAACAAUUUCAAAAUAAA